AUGUCUCCCGAUGAUGCUCCACCACUCUCCCAGCACAAACACUCGUCAACUAGCUUUGCAGAUGUCUUCAAAACUUUAGGUGUCGGUCGACCCAAAUCGCAAUCCCCAGUCUCUUUACAAGAAAGCAGCAGCGACUCGCAGUUUCACACGGAUAGUCGCGGAACAACUCGGCUUGGAUACGGAUUCGAAUCAAUGCAUCGUGCCAGUGUCGUGUCGAGUUCCUCGGACCCUCCCAGUGUCCUGGAUUUCGAGACGUCCCUCCACAAUCUAUCGCAAAGGCAAAAUUUAACCCAGGCGAUUGAGGAAGCGGAGGGUUUAUCAAAAGGUCUCUCAUGUUUCAACUCCGAGCAGUCCAUAUUGCUUUGGGAGGCGGCCGAGUACCUCUUGCGUCAUGAAAGCUCGUUGGAUGCGCAGCAAAGUGGUGCCCGAUUAUUAGAAGCGGUCGCAGCCCGUCAGGAUCUGCCCCCGUCAGCUAGACGCCUGGUUUUUGAAUCGAUAACUUCUUCGACCGAGCCGGAUGUGAUUGCUGCGCGCGUGCAGUCAUUGAUCUCCUUAUCAGAUCAUGGCAGGAAAUUGGAUUUCGCGGGUUCUUCAAUUAUCCAUAUAAUCUCGUCGUGGAUUGUUCCGUUCUAUGAAACAAUCGCAUCUGCACGAUCAAAGGCGAAAAAGGGAAAGGUGGUUAAGCCACACGGACCCGCUGACGAUGAAGCAGUUUUUGGAGAUCUCUUCCAAUUUGCGGUCGACCUGAUCACUUUGCAGCGAAAACAGCCAACCCAGGAGGAAAUCGAAAUGCUUCUCGCAGAAAUAUUUACCACUUGCAGGAGAACCAGUGUUGCGGCAGAUAUCAAAAACUCUUUGGCCGUGUUCGACGCUGUCAUUAUGUAUGCCGAUGUGCCUGAUGUAAGCUUCCCAACUCUCCUGGAAGUCCUUUGCAGCAUCCAUGCAUCAGUUAAACCGCUCUCUGGGCCCACAUCGCGAGCGGUGCGCAGUUUAGCGAAGUCACGAAGACAGGCGGAGAUGGUAAACACACUCCAUGGCUUCCUAAGAGAUUCGUGCGCCGUCGAAGGAGGUCGGAACUUGAAUAUUCUCCGUGGUACACUUUAUGUGUUCUCGGAUUUUGUUCGUGCUUAUGGCCAAGAUGGCAUGCCCCAGCUUCCCUUUGAUCAACUGAUUGAAUCAUUGCAAGCCAUUGCCGAAAAGGACGACGGGAGAGUGGAUGCUGAUCUGUUGGAUCUGUGUCUAAACAUUCUGGAAGGAGACUAUGUCCGAGUCGCAUUAGAACGGGAUUGGAUGGCAUUCGCCAAUCUUCUCAUACUUUGUUCUCGUAGGCUCGUGGAUGAGUCAACACCAUCCCCCACUUCUCCGACUAGCCCUCAGCUUAAGCCUACGUACGACGAAACCAAAUCCUACAUUCUGGCAAAUCUCAUUCGCAUUGCUUCUGUGCUUGAAUCUCAGUGGGAGCAACUCAACAGAGAGCAAAAGCAACAUGCGGUCCGGUUCCUCAUGAAGAUAUACCAGCAUAUUGAGCCCCCACAGGCUGAACUUAUCAUUCAUUCGAUGAGAAAAGACAAAAUUUGCCAUCCUUCAGACAACUUCAAUUGGGCUCAGCAUUGCCGUGAGCUGGUCGAGUGUUUUGUUCAACCACGAAAACAAAGCUCGGACAUCCGCAUCCUGGCUUUGGACACGUUGAAAGAAGCCCUUUCUGCUCAUGAAGACUUGCUUUUCUCCCACGAGCACGGCCUGCUCGGGCUUCUAUUGAAGGAUUUCUCGGCAGAACAUGAUCUUCUCUUCCUGGAGUCCCUAGUGUCUUUGUUAACCGACCAGGCUACACAAUACAGUGAUGAUGAUACGUUCAAGUUGCUGGUAAGCACCAUCGGAGCGCCGAUACAGACGGAGCUCAGUCGAGACGAACCACACGAGCAUCCUCCGAGCCACGGAUCUCAACGCCGUACAUCCACUACAAGUGUCUUGGAGUUAAGCUUGACAAAUGUCUGCGCUGUGGGCCUCGUGAAGAUGAUGCUGCGUGCCUUAAACCUCUCCUCAACCAAAGCCGUGAUGGUUUUUGAAGCACUUCUAGACAUUGCUCAAUCUCCAAGUCGACCUGUUGACUCACGUCUGACAGUCUUAAAGCUACUUUUCCGGCUACGAUGUGAUUCGGCUGGAUCAGUCACAGUCAUAUCAACAUCGGAGAGUGACUUCUUGAUGAACGUGCUGGGUCGCAAUCUCGAUGGUGGCUCUAAACUACAGGCCCCCAGCGAUAGCCCCACUCGCGAGAUUCCCCAGCAUGAUAACUCACAAGUCUCGCCAACCGGAAAAAUUCCAUCGAGAGAGUCUACCUCGACCCCUAUGUCGAGGUCGGCCCCGGGGCGAGGGUCUAUCUCUGCCCGUGGAUCAAGGCUGACUGCCCCAGUGUGGACAUAUGCUCUGCCACAGGUGCUUCCGGAGCAACCUCCUGGCGAAUCUAGUCCUGUCGUGUUUGCUUACGCCCAUCCGGAGGAAUCUGCCCCCGGCGAAUCAACAACAACAGAACCAAAAAUUACGGGGCUGUUGAAGGUCAAGAUGUGGCUCGAAGUUGUAAUCACCUUGUUGCAACGAGAAACCGACUGGGAUGUUUACAGCUACAUUCUUACUCAUAUUGGACCUCAACUCGGCAACAAAGACUUUUUCAGAGAUGCCAUCCCUCAGAUCACGCUCCUUCGCAGCAUUUUAUGUGAUCAGGUCAAGAAUGGAACUUUCCACGAGCCUCCCGAGACUACCGGACUGAAAAAGAGCGAUGUGGCUGCCUGUAUCUUCGAUGCGCUUUGCAUGCUUGUGAGCUAUCACGCACACUUUGCCAAGAGCGAAGAGGAUGACCUCGUCAGAGCUUUCAUGCAGGGUAUCAUCGGAUCAUGGGGUGGCACAUCUCGUGGCUGCAUUCAAGCACUGUCACUCUGCUGCUACGAAAUCCCUAUGUCAGUCACGAAAUCGUUGAACAGCAUUCUUGAUAGGAUGUCAAAGGUGAUCACCAUGUCAAACAUUGCUGUCCAUAUCUUGGAGUUCCUGGCUCUACUUGCACGAUUGCCUGAUGUUUACGUCAACUUGCGUGAGGAAGAGAUCCGCACUGUGUUCGGCAUCUGCAUUCGAUUUUUGCAGACAUCUCGAGAACAUCGGUAUAAAGCCGCUGAAUUGGCUGCAAGGGCCUCUGUGUCAACCCAAUCUCCUCAGUCUAAGCUCGGUGGCGGGGCAAAGGAAAUUUCCGCCCUUGCACCUGAAGCUAUCGAGACCUCCCAAGAUGGAAUGUCCAAGUAUAUCUCGAAUCUCACCUACCAUGUCAUGGUCUUCUGGUUCUUGUCUCUGAAGCUCCAGGAUCGACCCAAACAUGUGAAUUGGAUCACCAGCAGGCUCAUAUAUCACGACGAACAUGGAAAAGAGGUGGUAGAAGAACAAAGCCAAGUAUUCAUUGAUUUGAUGCAGCGAGUUGCUUAUUCGGAUCUUGGAGAGACCAUCCCCUUCGAAACAUUCCCCCCUUCCUCUGAGGAUGGCCCAGUUGCAAGGAAGUCCUGGAUUGUCGGCAUGAGUAUCGUCACCGUCGAGAGCGCCGGAUUAUCUGGAUUGUCCCAGAUUACGAAGCGCCAGGCAUCGGGUACCACAUACUCUGUCUAUCAACAGCGGACAGCCCCAGUUCUGCCGCAUCAAGUCCCUCCAACUCCAGAUGCCCAUUUACAUUCCGACUCCAUGCGCACGGCAGUCCUUCCAAGUCAUAUCAUGCUUCAAUUGACCGCCACUGCCUUCCCUACACCUACGGUCAUGCAGCCCAUCCCAGUUCCGGAAGACGAUAUUACUCGACGUGCAAUUAGUAACUUUGACCGCACCGACAUUGUGGAUGGUCACCGGAUCGGCAUUGUUUAUGUUGACAAUGGCCAGACAAAGGAGGCGGAAAUCUUAGCCAACACUGGUGGUUCUGCGGAUUAUGAAAACCUGCUGUCAGGAUUGGGAACCAAAGUGUCACUUCGGAACCCUCAAUUCAAUCCGCAAGGGUUGUAUGCUGAUACUGACGGAGAGCACACCUACGCUUGGAGAGAUCGUGUGACUGAAAUUGUGUAUCAUGUUGCAACAAUGAUGCCUACGGACUUUGACCGUGACCCGGCCUGCAUCAACAAAAAACGAAACCUCGGCAAUAACCAUGUCACCAUCGUGUUCAACCGAUCCAACUUGCCCUUUAACUUUGACACAAUUCCAUCCGAGUUCAACUCUAUCAACAUUAUCAUCACCCCGUCGUCUCGGAUUGCCUACGACGAGAGUGGCAAUUACAAUGGCGAGACAGACCCGCAAAAGCUCUACUACAGCGUGCAGGUCAUGAGCAAGCCCGGAUUUCCAGACGUCUCACCUGCUGCGACACCGAAGGUCAUAUCCGGCAAGAAUUUGGCGGCAUUUGUUCGCAUUCUUGCCCUCAAUGCGUCCGUCUUCUCGCUUGUCUGGAACAACAAGGGAGGCGAGCAUACCUCGUCCUGGACCACCCGUCUGCGGGAAAUCAAGAAAGUCCGCGAGCGUGCUCUCACAGCCCAAAGCCAAGGCUCUGAGGCCGCCGAAGGCGCUUAUCCAGGUCUACGGCGGAACACGAAAGCGAACAUCUUCUCGGAGGAAUUACCUUCUCGUGCCCCUCAAGUACAGACCGAUUUUGCUGCGGAAUGGAAUGCAGCGGCAGACACGAACAUUGUCCAGAAUUUAGAUUUCUCACGCUGGGCCCGCUGA